CUGUAGUCAAGUUAUGCCGCGCCUGCGCGCUACCCUUUUGAAUCCAUGCAGAGGUGUGGAGCAGAGGUGUUUCCUCACACCUUCCUCCUUUCUCUUCCCUUUCCCCAUGCUCCCAUACCUAUUAAUGCGCUAUAUGCGCUAUAUCAGUGUCUUGGUGGGCAGGAAGGAGAAAGAAGGAGACUUAGUUUGGUACACUCGUUUGAACCUUACGUGUAGGACCAAUGGAGGGGGGUCCGGAUCGUGAUCGACAUCCCAAACUAUAAUAAUUCCC